UACUGAAAUCUGAAUGUUUCCGGUUUACUGUUUACGACUUACGGUAACGAAAUACUGUAAAUAUCAAAAAUUUCUGUAUUGAAAAUAUAUAAUAUAGGUAUUACAGGCAUAAAUAUAAAAUAUUAUUAUUUCGAAAACUUUAAAUACUCAUAUGAUUACUGCAAACGUAUAAAUUUAGGAACAUAACGUUAUUACCAAUUAUAUUUUUUAUUUCAAAUACGUAGUCAAUACCAUUAAAUUAUUAUUAUUUAUUAUGUCUAUGGGAUUAAGAGGUAAGCGUACUCUCUCAUCUAAAAUUGAGAUUAAUAAAGACGAAAUCAGUGUGCAAGAUACAAAGAAAAAAAGAAAACAUCUUACAAUUAAAGCAGAUCCUGAUAAAAAUUCAAAUUGUUCUGUAUGGGAACCUUCGAACUGGCAGCAAGUAAUUGACUAUGUAAGAACAAUGCGUCAAGAUUUACCUGCUCCUGUGGAUGACAUGGGCUGCGAUCAAGCAGCAGAUCGUAAUGAGGCCCCAGAAGUGAUCCGAUUCCAUAUAUUGAUUUCAUUGAUGUUAUCGAGUCAAACAAGAGACGAAGUAAAUUAUGCAGCAAUGCAACGUUUAAAGCAGCAUGGCUUGACCGUUGACAAGAUACUAGAGACGUCUGAUGAGAAUUUAGGAAAACUUAUUUACCCUGUCGGGUUUUGGAAAAGAAAAGUGGAAUAUAUCAAACGUACAACUCGUAUUCUAAAAGAUAACUAUAAUAGUGACAUACCCAAUUCAGUUAAGGAUUUAUGUCAGUUGCCUGGCGUAGGACCCAAAAUGGCUCAUCUCUGCAUGAGUUGUGCAUGGAAUGAAGUAACAGGAAUUGGUGUAGAUACCCACGUGCAUAGAAUAAGUAAUAGAUUAGGAUGGGUGAAAAAAACCACAAAAACUCCAGAGGACACGCGCAAAGAAUUAGAAGCGUGGUUGCCCCGAGAUCUUUGGCAAGAAGUAAACCAUAUGUUAGUGGGGUUCGGCCAAACUAUAUGUCGACCAAUAGGACCACAUUGUGUUACGUGUUUAUGCAAAAAUAUAUGUCCAUCUUUUCAACAAAACAGUUCGCCAAUAAAAAAAAAAUAAGAA